AUGCAGGAUAUUCUAAAACGUGCUGGAAUGACAGACUACAAAUCCUUGUCCACCCCAAUUCCCACGUCAAAAUCCAUCCCCAUUGACGCAACUCCAUAUGAUGAUCUUACACAAUACAUGAGUUUAGCAGGUGCAUUACAGUAUUUAACCAUCACUCGUCCUGAUCUAUCCUUUGCAGUCAAUCAGUUAUGUCAACAGAUGCAUGCACCUACUACUACUCACUGGGAACAACUAAAGAGAGUAUUACGUAUCAUGGGUUGCAAGAAACAGAGAACUGUUACUAGAUCUUCUAUUGUGGCUGAAUAUAAAGCUCUAGCAGAUAUUUGUGCUGAAGUAAUUUGGAUCACGUCUCUUCUGCAUGAAAUCCGUGUUACAGGGAUCUCGGUUCCCAAAUUAUGGUGUGAUAAUCUUGGAGCUACAUAUAUGUGUGCCAAUCCCAUCUUCCAUGCCCGCACCAAACAUGUUGAGAUAGAUUAUCACUUUGUGCGAGAUAAAGUUGCUAUUGGAGAGAUUCAAGUAAAUCUCAUAUCAACAAAAGAUCAACUUGCAGAUAUAUUCACCAAAGCCUUGCAUGGUCCUAGAUUUUCUUUUAUCAGAGACAAGCUACAAGUUACAAGUGUACCUGCGCUUGAGGGGGAGUAUUAG